AUGGAGGAGGCGGAGAAGAAACGGCCGAUUAUCUCUGCUCGAGAAAGAGGCCCAGGCCCUGGACGCUACAGCCUGCCCCCUACAGUUGGAUACAUCAACCAUGAUUUCACCAAGCCCAGAAGUGCAGCAUAUACCUUCCACAGUCGUAUGAGCAGUGCCAUGGUCUCUGUGGAUUCCAGCCCAGGACCGAGGUAUCACGUUGGAUCAAAGGUCACGCGGUUUGGCAGCAUGGAAACGCCAUCUUACUCUAUUUUGGGCAGAGGAGGGCGCACAGGAAGUGACCUAUUCCAGACUCCCGGGCCCGGAGCCUACAGUCCAGAGAAGGCUCCGCCCCUCAAUGGCCACCGCAGACCUCCAUCACACAUCAUUGGAGCUCGAACCAGAUACCGCUCUGUGGAUGCUGUACCCUCACCUAACAGUUACAGUCUUCCUAAUCUUCUGGGACAUCAUAUUCCUCACAAACCCUCCAGUGCCAGCUACAGUUUCUCAGCCCGGAGGAAGGUCGGCGCUCCCUCUGAAGAUCUCGCCACAACUCCCGGACCAGGAAAAUACAACAGCACCAACCCGGACAUUUACCGUCAUCGCCAUCCGUCCUUCACCAUGCAGGGGAGGACUAAAAGGCCCAAUUAUUCCUCUGCUAUUCCUGGCCCUGGCGCCUACAGCCCGGAGAGAUUUCAUUUGCACCUUCCAAGACCACCAUCCUUCACUCUGGGCAUCAGACACUCUGAGUUUGUCACCCCACUUGUGGUAAAUGUGACUGACUGA